CAUGGCGGCGACGGUCGAUCGUGAUCGAGCCCAAAACGCGAGAUAUGUUUUCUUGAGAAAAGGUCAUGUCAAAUCGAGAAGCCAAUCUAGAUAACCGUGAGCUUCAGGACAUUUAAUUGUCGACGAAGGAUCAUCUGUCCCCCCCCCAACCCCAACCCCAACCCCGCCACAGCCUUUCCUCCCACUCCUCAUGCAUAUCCCAGGCGCUCCCUCUGGCUGGACGUCCAAGGAUCCAAACGGCGACCAGGUUGGCAACAACCAUGUCAAGGGUCGCGUUAUCAAGUUCCACCCUGAUGCGAUCCCAGCGAUCCAAGCCUCUCGGGCCCCUCAGUCUACCACCUCAUCCUUCCACAUUAAUACCGGAAAAGGCCGCACAGAGCAUGUUGCUCGACCACGCAACGCUUUCAUCUUGUUUCGUUGUGACUUCGUACAAGAGCACACAAAGGACGGGUGCAGGCCCCGGCGUGUCGCUGGCGUCCCAGGUAAAACAGUGUCGAAGCGCGCGGGCGAAGCAUGGCAUCUGUUGAGCAAGGAGCAGCGGGAUCACUACCACGACUUGGCAGAGCAGGAGAAGCUCGAGCACGCUCAACGGUAUCCCAACUAUCGUUUUCAGCCACUGAGGCGCUCGUCUGUAGAGAGGUCAAGGCGAUCUGCCGCGCGUCUGCUCUCAGGACCCCGAAUCUCCAUCCGUCGCACUGCCAAGUCCCGGCAUUCUGUGUCGAAAAAUCGCUCAUUGGUUGCGCAGACUCGGUCACCCUCCCCGUCGGCUUCGCCGCCGGAUUCUCCGGUUUCGCAGCCAGCUCCAGCAGUCCCGAGUCUAGAAGGGAGCUCCGAAGCGGGAGAUGAGCUUAAUGCCAUCACCAGGGGCUUACACCGAAGGUCCUUCUCCGUCCCGGUGCUUUCGUCUCACUACCUUCCUUCCGGUGAUGACGCUAUGUCCGAGUCGGUCCCCAGGAACGAAGUCAGACGCACAAGGUCGAUGGGUGAGGGCGGAUCUUCCCUUCCAAACUACCCCAUGCAGUUUAUCUCUGGACCAAGCGAAGCUCAGUAUUCGAUCUCUUCCUCACAAGAAUUCUACGCUCCGAAUACGUUCGCCAACGGAAACGCGUUCAAUUACCCCGACCGCUCGGCCGCUUUCGAUGAUAUACCCAACUACCACACGUCCCCUCUGAGCGCAGUCGCUUCAUCCCUAGCCGGAUGGAACGGCGAACCUCUGACAUCGAGGGUGCCGACACCUGCGUCGUCGCCGGACUCCACUUGGUCCUCAUUGCCCGGGUACAGCACCCAGUCUAAUCCCGACGAAUAUUAUCAAUUCGGGUACCCCAGACAACCAGUGCCACCCCACGACUACGUCUCUUGGGGCGUGCAACCCAGCUAUGCCCCAGAGUCUCGCGGUGUGGUGCCUGGCGCGUAUCUGAACCAUGAGCCCUCGGUUGCGGGUGCGUUGCAUCAGUAUGAUAUCGGGCUCUCUGAGCGGAUUGUGGGACGAACACCAGACGGAGGUUUGAUGCCAUUCGAGCCGCGGUCGAUGGAUGGUUAUAAUCCAGCUACCUAUAAGGCAUUUUGAUUUUGCAUUUUUUCGACUCGUCAUUCAUCCAAGGCGACGUUGACUCUAUUUAGUAAUUGUAGCAUAUUAUUCGCACCCCC